AUGGCUAUCAGCCUGAGAGAGAUCGCUUGCGUCUCCUGCUCCGGGGCAGGGGGAUUGGACAAGAAGAGGGCGCUGGCCGGGAGGCCGCCGUCCACCUUGGAUUUCUUCUCCUCGUCGGGCGACAUGAACGGCAAGCUGGUGGCUCUGCGGGAGCCUGGGAGUUUCUCCGUCCGCGUACUCUUUUUAGACUCUCGCUCCCCUACCCACCAUCUCCAUGCGCGGAUUCGCGUCUACUUCCUCCAGUUCGCCGACGAGAUAACGUUUCCCUUCUGGUUCCGGGUUAGGCGCAGGCCGGCUCCACCGGGGUGCCCCGGACGAUGAGGUGGUGGGAGAAGGGCGCCGCGCCGAACAUGAUGGAGAUCGGCUCGGCGCGGGAGCUCGCAGAGUCUCUACUCGCCGCCGGCGACAAGCUCGUCGUCGUCGACUUCUACUCUCCCGGCUGCGGAGGUUGCAGAUCACUCCACCCCAAGGUGGAUUAACCAGUCGCCGGGAGAUUCUAUCUAAGCUCCGCCGCAAAAUGCCUUCUUCCACCGUGCUCCGCUCAGAUCUCUCGUCUCCCCCUCCCUCCCCUCAUCUCCAGAUCUGCCAGAUCGCAGAGGCGAACCGCGACGUGGUCUUCCUCAAGGUGAACUACGAGGAGCACAAAUCCAUGUGCCAAAGUCUCCAGGUCCACGUCCUCCCCUUCUUCCGGUUCUACAGAGGAGCAGACGGCCGCGUCUGCAGCUUCAGCUGCACCAACGCCACCGUAAGGCAACCAGAUCUCUCCACUCCGUUGACGAACGAACAGCCGAAGCUUACCUCACUUGCUGUCCCCUGCACCGCCGCUCAGAUCAACAAGUUCAGAGACGCCCUGGCGAAGCACGGCGCGGAGAGGGACGGCGGCGCAGCCAUUCCGGGCCCGGCGAAGGGGCUCGAGGAGUCGGAGCUGCUGAAACUGGCUUCCAACCGGGACCUUCUCUUCGGCCCUCCGCCGGGCGGCUCCUCCGGCAGUUUGCCCGGUGCAACAGAGAUCGGGGAGGGGUACGGCGCGUUGACCAGCCUGUGA